CUUCACAAGUAAAACUAUUCAAUUGUAAUUUAAAAACCCCACUUUCUGUUUCCUUGAAUUAUCAAAAGCUUCCGUGGAUUUAAUUUCAUCUCGUAGAAUGAGUGGAUUGUUUAAGUUUUGCCUAAUUGGCUUUGGCCUAGGUGAUCAAAGGCAUCAUUUCUUUGAGGAAGUCGUCUGACUUCAACUCCUUACUACUCUCAGAUAAGGAGAAGAUAAAGAAGAAGAAGAAAGGAUUUCCCAGAAAAGAAGAAAAAUGAACCUGAGAUUUUCCUUUUGGAGCAUCUUCCUUCACUUUCUGGCUGUGAUGUGUUUCCAUGGAAGUGGAGCCAGGGAGAUGCCUAGAGAGGAGUUGAUGGUGGCUCCAAAAUUUCCCAUGGAUGAUUUCCCAGAAGGGGUUAAUGUAUUGCAACUCCAUAGCAUGGAUGGAAGUGAGAAAAAGGAUGGUGGGCAACAUGCCAUGGAGGACAGAUUGCAUGGUCAUGAUAAGCGAGGCGAAGAAACCCGAAAAAGGGAAGACACAGAGCAUGUUCAUGGUCAUUCAUCAUCCCACAUGGAUCACUUGGACCCUUCAGUUGUUGUCUUCUUCACUAUGAAGGAUCUGAAGGUUGGGAAAACAAUGCCCAUCUACUUUGCCAAAACGGACCCUGCUUCUUCUCCUCGCAUGUUACCUAAAGAAGAAGCUGAUUCCAUUCCUUUCUCAUUUGCCCAACUCCCACACCUCCUUGAAUUCUUCUCCUUUUCUCAAGGCUCCCCCCAAGCCAGAGCCAUGGAAAAUACACUUAGAGAAUGUGGACUUAAGCCCAUCAGAGGAGAGACCAAGUUCUGUGCUACUUCCCUAGAAUCCUUGCUUGAUUUUGUGCAUAGCAUCUUUGGGCUGGAGUCCCAUUUCCAAGUCUUAACAACUUCCUAUCUCACAAAGUCAAGUACCCUUUUCCAAAACUACACCUUCUUGGAAGUGCCUACAGAGAUACCAGCUCCCAAAAUGGUAGCUUGUCAUACUAUGCCCUACCCUUAUGCAAUUUUCUACUGCCAUUCCCAAGUGAGUGAGAACAAGGUGUUUAAGGUGUCACUAGAAGGCCAAAAUGGAGAUAGGGUGGAAGCCUUUGCUGUUUGCCAUUUGGAUACCUCUGCCUGGAGCCGUGAUCAUGUGUCGUUCCGUGUGCUCGGGAUCGAGCCUGGGACAUCCCCUGUGUGUCAUUUCUUCCCUGCAUCCAACCUCAUAUGGGUUCCGAGGCCUACUCUGAACUAGUCAUGUAACUGCAGUGUAAUCACUGAAGCUAUUACUAUGAUCUGGUAUUCCACUUGGUGUUUGUUUUUCAACUGAAGGGCUCAUAAAUAUAGAAUAAAUGAGUAGGUUUUGAA